AUGAGCUCGAUGGCUGAGGGCAAUGAGGGAUGGGCGCGCGAGGAUGAGCUUGACCUAGGCCAGGAAGAUGAGCAGCAACCCGACCAAGACCUCCCCGAACAAGCAGUACCUUCCCCGCACGAACCGGUCGAUGAUGGAUUGGACACGAUAGAGCGUGCGGAGGACCAGGAUUCCGAACGAACGGUAGAACAGAAGGAUUCAAUUAUUCCAGAAACCCCACCGCCCCGUCAUGCAGACUGGGCUGCGACUGCGAGUCUAGAUGGCACAGGGUCGAACCCGGACGAUUCACCGUCUUUACAUGGCUCCGUCCCGUCAUCAUUAAGCAGCAGUGCGCUUGCACUCCGAUCGUCCCCUCGCAUCAGCCCAAGCCCGGCACGGCGACCUUUUGAUCUCCGCUUCCAGUCCCGCCUUUCCUCAUCCCCGCAGAGUGUGUCCCGAGCUGGCUCACCAUUCCUUGCGCAUCUCCACUCCCGACAAUCGUCAAUCACUAGCCAAGUAUCGCAUAUACCAGAUGUUGAAGCCGACCCAGUGCAGGGACCUUGGGAUGUGGUGCGAUGGACCAAGUUGCGCAAGAUCACUGGACAGGCGUUCUCAGAGAUCGGGAGACGCAAUUUCGGACGCCCGACCUGCCUUGCCGUUUCUACAUCCAUUGUGGUAGGUACAUCGAAAGGAAUCAUACUUGUAUUCGAUUAUCAGCAAAGCCUAAAGACCAUCAUUGGAACAGGCACACAAGCUGUUGAAUCCGGAUCUGUUACCUCCCUCGCGCUAUCCGCAGAUCAUUCGACGAUCGCAGGUGGUCAUGAGUCGGGUGACAUCUUCACCUGGGAGAUAUCACGCUCUGCAAAGCCUUUCCUCCACAUCCCACCAAUCCCGGCCAACCAAGUAGAAACCCGAACUUCCGAUGGACAUCUCUCAGGAUCCGCGGUCAUUCAUAUCGGCUUCCUUGGCACUAGACGCACCGCCCUUGUGUCUGCCGACACACGUGGAAUGGCUUUCUCCCACCUUGCAACAAGAGGCAUGGGUGCUGUAGGCCGUACAGUUAAGACCGCACGAAUUCUUGGUCGAUACCCGCAGGCAAUUACGGAGACCAAGCGCCGAAAGCCUAGUUCAGUGCUUGCUUUUUCUCCCCUGCCACUCGGAAAUGUGGAACAGUCUACCGAUUCACUGGGCCUAGUUGCUAUGUUGACGCCAUAUUUGUUGGUCAUCGUAUCUACCACGCCAGUGGCUCAAACCCAGCACAAAUCUGCGCGGCCGAAGGAAGUCCAGGCUCACGGUGCUAUGACUGGCGCCCUUGCAUGGUUUCCAGCUAUCCGACUCAAGGGAAAAGACACCCAGACAUCGAACACAAAACUAGUAUACUGCUGGUCAAAUGUGCUGACGGUACUUGACGUCACUGAGGCCGAGACAGACGAGCCGGUGGACAAGGACAAGCCCCCUAGCCUUGAUUUCAGGCCAAGAAGCAGGUGGAGAGCAGAUGAAGCAAUUGUAGCCGUGCAAUGGCUGAGUCGUUCGGUACUUGCUGUGUUCACAAUUACGCAGCGGCUUCUGAUAAUUGAGGAUUACUCCAUGCAUGUUACCGACUCAAUAGAUCUUGCCAACAGGCACAUAUACCACACCGAUCUCUUCUCUUCGCAGCUACAUUCAUUGGUUGAGCAGCUUGACGAGGAAGAUGAUUCAAUGCACGGUGUAGUAGCUGAUGCAUUUCACAUGAGCUUCCGUUCUUACAAAGGUCGUUUGUUCCUGCUCGGCUACAACGAAGCUUUGGUGGGCACUUUGUCGAACUGGGCGGAUCGUCUGCUCGCUCUGAUGGAGGCAGGCGAUUUCAUCUCAGCCAUCCGGCUAGCGACAUCUUACUGGACAGGAGAUGCGGAGAAGUUGACAGUCGGACUUCCCGAGGAAGACAGCCUCAGACAACCCAUCGUCCAACAGAAACUUCUUGAGAUGAUUUCGGCAUCACUCAAAUAUGCAUUUGGUCGGAACUCAGAAGCGAGUGACGGCCGACUAGAGAACCAACAACUGGAGGAGUUGGCUGACGUGUCUAUCGCAGCUUGUGUUCAUAUGGCCGACGAAGAGUUCCUCUGGGAAGAGGUCUUCAACUGGUAUGAAGAGCAAGAAUCGGCCGGAAUGUUCUUAUCUGCCCUCGAGCCACGUAUUGUCGAUGGACACUUGCGUUCUCUUCCUCCCACUGCAGUCAAGUCCUUGAUCAACCACUUCAUCAGAACUCAUUCCCCCGGUCGCCUGGAAGAGAUUAUCUGUCUGCUUGAUACCACUACGAUGGAUAUUGACCAGGUGACCACAUUGUGCAAGCAGUAUAAUCUCUAUGAUGCAUUUAUCUACGUUUGGAACCGUUGUCUGAUGGAUUACAUUGGUCCAUUGGAGGAGCUAGUAGAGCUGGCUUCUCCUCAGGAACAGACAUUUGUUAAUGGCGACCAUGUGAAUGAUCUACGGCGACAGAACAACGCGAUGAAAAUGUUCCCCUACCUAUCCUUCAUAUUGACUGGCCGUGUCUACCCCACUGGGGACGAUAUGGAUGAGCCCGAGGCUUCGCGUGUCAAGACAGACGUGUAUCAAUGGCUGUUUUCUGGACAAGGCUCGAGUGCUUCAAAUGCCAGUAACCAGACUGACUCAUUCUCUACACUUCGAGCUAUGCUGAAGUUUGAUCCUUCCAGCUUCAUGAGUAUGCUGAACGAAGCUUUCGAAGACAGUUUCCUGAAUGAGCCUGAGGAUGAGGACAUCCCAGCCUCGGGCAUGUCGAUUAACCGGCAAUAUCUAAUCAGCAUCUUGCUUCAAGUCAUGACGGGGCCCUUCUUCACACCGUUCGAGACUAUUUACCUAGACAUGUUUGUUGCCCGCAACCUUCCCAAAUACCCCCAGUACAUCCUGCUUUCUGGCACAACUCUGCACCAAGUCCUGGUCCGUGUCUGCCAAUAUUCCGAAGAGGACAUGGCAGAUGACUGCGAGUUGAGCGCUGAGUAUCUGCUCUCUUUCUACCAUCCGCCCGAUGUUCAGAGCAUGAUCCCUCUGUUCAAGGAGGCGCGCUUUUUCCGAGUAUUGAAGUCGACUUACCGAUCCGAGAAACAAUACGCCGAGCUAGUUUUGACUUACUUGGAAGACCCGAAUGAUCGCGAAACCAUCUUCACCUGUCUACGUGAUUGUCUUCGUGUGGGAGCCGGGCUUGGCAAAAAGCAAAGAAGAGACGUUCUAGACGUUGUGGAGAAGCAUGCUCGCGAAAUCGCCGCAAUCGAUGUGACCCACACGGCCCAGACCAUGCAGGACCUCGCUCCCCAAACCCAUUCGACGUUCUUGCGGGCCUUGGAAGAAAACCCCCAAAAGCAGUAUGAGUACCUGCUCGUGUUGAUCGAGCCGAGUUCUGAGUCAGCGGACAAUCGGUCUCCGACCACCGCGGAGAAUUGGAUGGUUGAGCGUUACGUACAGCUGCUGUGCAAGUACAACCCUUCUCAUGUGGCAGAAUUUGUGGACAACCUGCGUGUGGGCGACAUCCACUUGGAAGAACUGCUUCCUUUCAUCGAGGAGAGCGGAGCCAUCGAUGCUGCUGUCAUUCUCCUCGCCCGACAGGGUCAGGUCCGCGAGGCUCUCGACCGCCUCGUCGCACAUUUGAAAACCCUCGAGUCUGGCCUACUUGGCAUCCUCCAGAGUUUCCGCGAUAGUCCAGAUUCAGCUACCACCGCGGAAGCAAUCGAUGACCUGGUAGAGUCUUUGAACAAGUAUGCCGGGGUUGGUACCUGGCUCUGUCAAGGCCAAAGCAAGACAGCCAAAAACACCCGACUCGGGAGCUCCAACGGCAGCCGCAGCUCACCAGCCCUCGAACAACCUCUCGCGUUUGAUGAAGGCCUUUGGCUCGACCAUAUCGAAGCUGUCGUGCGAAUUGCAAGCAAUGUCUUCGCCUUCAUCCAGAAUAGCAGCCAAACAACUGCGCAAUCUACCACACUGGGCGACAACAACCGUCUCACAGCUUCCUUCCGAAAGCUGGUCCAGCAGGUCUUCACGGCCCUUCUCGCAAGCACCGUCAAAGCCAACACCACCGAACGGACAGACAUGUCUUUCCUCCGUAUCCUGCGUGCCUUCCUGACACGAGCAGCUACGUGGUCCACCUCCCUCCCGGAGCUUCGCGCAGUCCUCGCCUCCAUUUUCUCCGCCUACUCCUACGAGAAAUCCCUCCUCACCCUCGCCAACGGCAUGCUAGACCGAGACCUCUUCGUCCACGUCGACGAAGUCACACGCCUCCGCCAACAAGGCUGGCGACCUCGUGGCCACGUAUGCGAAAUCUGCCACGUCCGAGUUUGGGGACCCAGCGUGGGGGACGCGCACUGGACCGCCUGGCAAGACCGGCAGGCGGAUUCCUACUCGCGCCGCCUCACGCGUCGCAUUGAGGAUGGCUACAAUCCCUCCGAGCGGGGCAAAGGCAAAGCCGCCGAUGUGGGGCAUCAUCCGUCACGGUUGGAUACGCACGCGCACCAGCAUGACCCUGACGAAGACCAUGACCCGGUUGCAUCUGGACCGGUCGGACCCGUUCCUGAACCGGUGGUGGUUUUCUCGUGUCGACAUCUGUUCCAUCGCCGGUGCGUGUCGGCUGCUAUCGGUGCGGCCGCCCGUCCUGAAACUGGGACUCGGAGUGAGCCGCCCGAAUUGUUUUGUCCAGCUUGUACAUAG